AUGAAACCCAUACAACUCGUGAUACUUUUUCUAUCAUUGUUGGAAAUUACUGGUUAUUACUCAUUAUACAACUCAGAUGAUCGUGAAAGAUUAAAUUCUGUAUUUGAUUGUUUAUAUGCAUAUAUGGUACAAUCUUCUCUGGUUAAUGAUGAAUAUUAUCAAAUUCAUUAUCAUCUUAUUCCUUAUUGUCAACGAUUGGAUCAAACUGAAAAAUAUGAAGAAUCAUUUAUUGUAUCGAAUGAAAAUAUUCAAAGUCAAAUGAAGUUUAGUGAAUUAUAUGAACGGGGUGUGACAAGUUUACAACUAUUAGAUUGGUUAGCACCAAUAGAUAUUGCAGAACGAUACGAAAGAAAUGGUCAAAAUUCUGACGAAAUAUUUUAUAAUUGUUCAUAUCCUUGGUUUGGUUCAACGUGUGAAUAUAAAUUAAUCGAUAAUAUAUCAUCUUCAUUUGGAAAAACAGUUGAAUUUAUUAUUGGGAACCGUAAUACAGCACCACUAAAUGUAAAUUUUACUAUUGGUACAUGUUAUCCAUUUUUAAAUAGUUGUUAUCGUGGUCCAUCACCGAUGUGUCUUGAUUGGCGCGAAGUUUGUGAUGGAAAUUUUGAUUGUAUUCAUGGAGAAGAUGAAGAAUUAUGUUCAAUCAUGAAAAUAAAUGAAUGUUUUGAUGAAGAAUUUCGAUGUCAUUAUAGUGCAGAAUGUAUUCCAUGGUCAUUUGUUCGAGAUGGAAUUCAUAGUAUCGAUUGUCUUGACGGUACGGAUGAGAUGUAUGGGUUCUUGUCAUUUACCGGUAAUAAAUAUGACUGUCCUGAAUUGGCAACAUUUGAAUGUGAAGAAAGUGCAAAUUCACGUCCUCGACAUUUUGCAUGUGGUGACGGUCAACUUCAAGGGGAAUCUCCACCUAAUUUUCAAAUUUAUUGUUCUAAUUUACGAGAACAACAAAUGACUUUGGCUAUAUUUACUUCACUUGAUUACAUUUCUGAAGUGAAAUGUCAGGAAGCGUUGUUAUGUUUAAUCGGUAUUAAUCCAAUGGACAAUAUUUUAUCGAUUAUAGAUAAAGAUCUUUGUGAAUCUUUUAUUGAUUCUACUGAAACUCUUGGUGAUCAUUGCAUGUCAGAAUGGAUUAGUUUUCCUGAAUAUCCAAUUCUUUAUCGUUUCUUUCAAUUUAUUUAUUUUACAAAUCGAUCAAUUGAAGAAUUUAAAAUGAAUAUUUUACCUGAUCUGAUUUGUUUUAAUAGAAGUCUUUGCCCAGGAUUAUUGUUUUGUUCAAUCGAUAUUCAAAUACAUAAUGAAUUGAAUUGUUGUCAAAUUGAUCAUUUUAAUCUGUUCAAAACUAAUGAAUGGGCUCAAGUCUUCCCAAUGUUCGAAGACAUACUUGACCGAUGUGCAUUGAUCGGUAACGAUAAGAAUUGUUCCGAACCAUCUUUAUUUUAUUGUCAAAAUUCAUCAAAAUGUAUUCCAAAACAUUUAUUACUAGAUCGUCAUAUGGAUUGCUAUUUUAACGAAGAUGAAAAAGUUUCUGCUUGUGAUUUAAAUGACACCAAACGAUUUACUUCGAAAUUAUAUCCAGAUGAAUGUUAUUCAAUAGUUGCAAUUGAUCCCUAUGGGACAUCCGGUUUCAAUUUAAUAUAUGAAAAUCCUAUAUAUAAACCAGAUGCUUUGAAAAAAAGAUUUCCAUUUCAAAAGAUUUGUGAUAGUUUAUACGAUGUAAAACCAUUCGAUUAUUCCGAUGACACCGAUGAAACUAAUUGUACAUGGUGGCCAUGUAGUAAUUCAUAUGUUCGUUGUGAUAAUUUCUGGAAUUGUUUAAACGGUUUAGAUGAAUUAAAUUGUUCUCAUAAUUCAUGCUCUGCAAAUGAACAUGUUUGUGUUCAAUACGAAUCUGAAGAAAAACUUUGUUUUCCGAUAACACAUUUAAUGGAAGAUUAUACAAUAUUUCAAAUCGAAAGAUAUCGUAAAAUAUAUCUUACUAAUAAAACAAUUAAUAAUAUUGAAAAUUAUUUAUUUUGGAAUCAAACAAAAUGUAUUACUCUUGGACAUCUAUUUCAUGGUCAUUCAAUAUCAUCGUUAUCCGAUGAAGAUGUCUGUUUAAUGCCAGAUAACGAAAAAUAUGGCACAGAUAUAAAUUAUUUCUUAGAAAUCGAUCAAUGGUCCUGUGAUUUUUUCUUCCGUUGGGCAAGAGAGAAACCGAAAUUUUUUCUAACAUCACGGUUAAGCAAUUUUCCAUCGAUAUUGCCUACUAAUGUUUCUGUCCAAACAAUUUCUGCAUUAUCUCAAAGUGAAAAAUUUGAUUUACUAAAAAAUACGGAAAAAUAUUGGUAUUGUAAUCGAGGAAUUCUUAUUUUAUUUCAAACAAACAAUUCUUAUAAAUGUCUUUGUCCACCAAGUUAUUUUGGUGAUCGAUGUCAAUGGCAAAAUCAACGUAUUAGUUUAACAAUUCAAUUAAUAUAUCGUAAUUCAACAUAUAUAAUAUCUGUUUUUCAAUUAAUCAUUACUCUUAUUGACGAACAAGGACAAAUUGGACCUUAUCAUGAACAACUAACAUAUGUACCUAAACGUGAUUGUGGUACUAAAUUUAAUAUUUAUUUACUUUAUCCAGAUAAACCAAAGAAUUCCUCAAUUAAUUAUUCAAUUCGUAUUGAUCUAUUUAAUAAAAUGACAUUAACUUAUUUAGGAAGUUGGAAUUUCUCAAUACCAUUUCCAUUUUUACCUGUCAAUAGAAUAUCUACUCAAUUAUUUAUUCCAAAUACAAAACAAUUUGAAUCAUCUUGUUCAUUAGAUUGCGGAAAUCAUGGAAAAUGUGUUCGAUAUAUAAAUAAAAAUGAAUUCUAUUUUUGUCGAUGUGAUCAAGGUUAUUCAGGUUUAAAAUGUAAUAUUAAAGAAAAUUGUUCUUGUUCAUUGGAUUCAUAUUGUUUAACAUCAACAAUUUGUAUUUGUGCAUUGAAUAAAUUCGGUCAAAAAUGUUAUUUAAAUAAUUCAAUUUGUCAAUUAGGAAAUAAUCCAUGUGAAAAUAAUGGACAAUGUAUUCCUAUUGAUGAUCGAAUUGGUCUAAAGAAAUUUACAUGUUUAUGUAAAGAAGAUUUCAAUGGUGAAAGAUGUGAAAAUAAAAUAAAGAAUAUUAUUGAUAUUGAAUUCGAUGGAAAUCUAAUUAAAAGUGAUUCAGCUGUUAUUGUACAUUUAAUAACAAGAUUUGAGAAUGAUAAUCCACAACAUACAACAUUACUUAAGAAAAUUAAAUAUGGACAAAAAAGAAUUGAGAUUUAUGUAACAAUAUCUUUUCAUAUUGUGUUUAUUGAACCUGUUAAUGAAAAACAAUUUUAUUUAGUUAUAAUAAGAGAAGAAUUUAUUCAAUCAGAAUAUAUUCAUACAAAGUUAUUAUCAAAUCAACAGUGUCUUUUUAUAGAUAAUUUAUUAAAUAUAACUUUGAAAUCUUAUUCUUAUUAUCAUCGUAUUAAAUAUUAUCCAUUAUUAUGUCGACAAAAUAAACAAUUAAUGUGUUUCUAUGAUGAAUAUUAUAUGUGUUUAUGUGAUCUUGAUCGAUUUUCUAAUUGUUUUACAUUCAAUCAUAAUAUAACUUACAAUUGUCAAGGACAACAUCAGUGUGAAAAUGGUGGAAAAUGUGUUCAAGAUAAUGCAACAUGUCCUGUUGUAUCAUUCUGUGUAUGUCAGGAUGAUUGUUCUUAUGGUACAAAAUGUCAGUUUAGUACAAAUGGUUUCAUUUUAUCACUUGAUUAUAUUCUCAGUUAUCAUAUUAAACCAGAGAUUUCAUUUUCUCAGCAACCUUUAAUUAUCAAAAUAAGUACAGUUAUUGUAAUAAUUAUGUUUGUGUUUGGAUUAAUCAAUGGAAUUUUAUCAAUCUUAACAUUUUCUACACAGAAAACAAGAGAUGUUGGUAGUGGUUUGUAUUUAUUAUUUUGUUCAUGGAUUUCUAUAUUGAUAGUAAUUGUUUUAUUAAUGAAAUAUUGUCAAUUAAUUUUAUUUCAAAUGUUAAUAUUUAAAAAUUCAAGAUUAUUUAAGAUUAAUUGUAUUUUAUUAGAUAUGAUUCUGAAAGUUCUUAUAGCUGCAAAUGAUUGGCUUGAUGGAUGUGUUUCAAUUGAACGAAUUAUUAUUAUUAUCAAAGGUAUCAGUUUUAACAAAGUUAGAAGUAGAAAGUUAGCUAAAUGGAUCAUUUUAACUGUUAUUAUUGUGACAAUUCUCACUCAUCUUCAUGAUCCUUUUAAUCUUUUCGGGACGGGGUUCUUUUUUAACAGACCAAAUAACGAAACACGAUACUAA